AUGUUUCCAUUAAUUGGGAAAACAAUCAUCUUUGAUAACUUCCCCGAUCCUUCUGAUACAUGGGAAAUUACGGAAACUAUUGGAAAAGGAACUUAUGGGAAGGUCUUCAAAGUACUGAAUAAAAAAAAUGGCCAAAAAGCAGCAGUCAAAAUUCUGGAUCCAAUUCAUGAUAUUGAUGAAGAGAUUGAAGCAGAGUAUAACAUCUUAAAAGCACUCUCUGACCACCCUAAUGUGGUCAGAUUCUAUGGGAUUUACUUUAAGAAGGAUAAAAUAAAUGGAGAUAAGCUAUGGUUGGUGCUUGAGCUGUGCAAUGGAGGAUCCGUGACUGAUCUUGUAAAAGGAUUUCUGAAGAGGGGAGAAAGAAUGAGUGAGCCUAUAAUUGCCUAUAUUUUACAUGAAGCACUAAUGGGUCUUCAACAUCUGCAUAACAACAAAACUAUUCACCGAGAUAUAAAAGGAAAUAACAUCCUAUUGACCACUGAGGGCGGGGUUAAACUAGUAGAUUUUGGUGUGUCUGCACAGCUCACCAGCACCGGCACCAUCGACACCUCUGUAGGAACUCCAUUUUGGAUGGCUCCUGAGCGUCGGAGAGAAUGUUGAAGGAAACUAGUGAUUGCAUGUGAGCAACAAUUAGAUACCACUUUGAUUGCCAGAUGUGACACGUGGUCCUUGGGUAUCACAGCCAUUGAGCUGGGAGAUGGAGAUCCACCACUAGCUGACCUGCACCCCAUGAGAGCACUCUUCAAAAUACCAAGAAAUCCACCUCCAAAACUAAGCAGCCUGACUGUUGGGUCAACAGAAUUCAAUGACUUCAUUAGCAGGUGCUUGACUAAAGAUUAUGAAAAGCGUCCAACAGUGACAGACCUUUUACAGCAUCAAUUCAUUACUCAAAUCGAGGGCAAAGAUGUGAUGUUACAAAAACAACUAAUUGGAAUUUAUCAAUUCAUCAAAUGCGUGGGAAGCACAGAAAAAGCCAGACAUGAACGCAUUCACACCAAGAAAAGCAACUUAAACAGAUCUUUAAUUUCUGAUCUGAAGGAUGUAGAUGAUUUGGCAACUUUGGAUAUUUUGGAUGAGAACACAGUCUCUGAACACCUUGAGAAAUGUUAUUCCAGGGAUCAGAUCUACGUCUAUGUGGGAGAUAUACUCAUUGCUCUUAACCCUUUUCAGAGUCUGGGUCUUUAUUCCACAAAGCUUUCCAGACUAUAUAUUGGAGCAAAGAGAACUGCCAACCCUCCUCACAUUUUUGCAAUGGCCAAUUUAGGAUAUCAGUCUAUGGUCACAUACAAUUCAGAUCAGUGCAUUGUUAUUUCUGGAGAAAGUGGUGCUGGGAAGACUGAAAGUGCUCAUCUUUUAGUUCAGCAGCUUACUGUGCUUGGAAAGGCUAAUAACAGAACCUUACAAGAGAAGAUUUUACAAGUGAACAAUUUGGUCGAAGCCUUUGGCAAUGCAUGCACUACUAUAAAUGACAAUUCCAGCCGAUUUGGAAAAUAUUUGGAAAUGAAAUUUACCACUUCUGGAACUGUAGUAGGAGCACAGAUUUCUGAAUACCUUCUGGAGAAAUCCCGAGUCAUCCACCAAGCUAUUGGAGAAAAAAAUUUUCAUAUUUUUUACUACAUUUAUGCUGGUUUAGCUGAAAAGAAGAAACUAGCCCUUUACAAAUUGCCUGAAAAUAAGCCACCCAGGUACCUACAAAAUGACCACCUCAGAACAGUACGGGACAUGAUGAAUAAUAGUUUCUAUAAAUCCCAGUAUGAAUUAAUUGAGCAGUGUUUCAAAGUCAUAGGCUUUACAAUGGAG